AGACACAGGACUGAAGAGGAAGAGAUGAGCAGAGUUUCCUCCACACACGCAGGCGUCUAAAUUAACCUGAAGGGAAUUCAGCAGGUACGACUCUGCUAUGAAUCAGUGUGAGGACAAAAACCAGACCUGGACCUAGACACCACAACAGAUCCACUAAGAAUCUCCAGAGGAUGUUUGAACCUGCCGACGUCAAAGAUGGAUCCCACUCUGAUCAGAAAAUCCACCAUCAGAGACCAGACUCCCCUGUACCAAGCUGUUUGUCUAUGAAGAGUGAACGGUCUAUGCACCCACCAAUUAAGUUUGAAGAUGGAAAGCAUUCUGAUAGUUCACGGGGUCAACAUGAGAGACCAGACUCUCCUGGAAUCAGCUGUGAGUCCAUAGAGAGUGACUCGUCUAUGCACCCACCAAUGAAGUUUAAAAAAAAUGGAGAGCAUGAUGUUGGUCCAAGAGUUCAUCAGCAGAGAUCAGAGGGUCCUGGUGGUCAGUCUGCCCAGCAGCAUCAAACUGAUCUGGAUGCCAUAUUUAUGCUGCUGGAGGACGACAUCGUUACUUUUGUAAAGAACGAGCUGAAGAAGAUCAAGAAAGUCCUGACUUCAGGUUACCCAGAAUGCUUAGAGAGUCAGAGGGAAGAUGAGGAGGUGUUGGACUGUGAGGAUGAAGAGCAGAGGAGGAGCAGCAGAGGAGCAUUUCUGAACAUCUCACUGCACUUCCUGAGGAGCAUGAAGCAGGAGGAGCUGGCUGACCUUCUGCAGAGCAGAACUGCUGCUGCAGUCUGCAAACGUAAACUCAAAUCCACCCUGAAGGAGAGGUUCCAGUGUGUGUUUGAGGGCAUUGCUAAAGCAGGAAACCCAACCCUUCUGAACCAGAUCUACACAGAGCUCUACAUCACAGAGGGGGGGGCUGCAGAGGUCAAUGAGGAACAUGAGGUCAGACAGAUUGAAACAGCCUCCAGGAAACCACACAGACCAGAAACAACCAUCAGACAAGAAGACCUCUUUAAAGCCUCACCUGGAAGAGAUGCACCAAUCAGAGCAGUGAUGACAAAGGGCGUGGCUGGCAUUGGGAAAACAGUCUUAACACAGAAGUUCACUCUGGACUGGGCUGAAGGCAAAGCCAACCAGGACAUCCAGUUCACAUUUCCAUUCACCUUCAGAGAGCUGAAUGUGGUGAGAGAGAACAAGUACAGCUUGGUGGAACUUGUUCAUCACUUCUUCUCUGAAACCAGAGACGCAGGAAUCUGCAGGUUUGAUCAGUUCCCGGUCGUGUUCAUCUUUGACGGUCUGGAUGAGUGUCGACUUCCUCUGGACUUCCUAAACACUGAGAUCCUGACUGACGUCACAGAGUCCACCUCAGUGGAUGUGCUGCUGACAAACCUCAUCAGGGGGAAGCUGCUUCCCUCUGCUCGCCUCUGGAUAACCACACGACCUGCAGCAGCCAAUCAGAUCCCUCCUGAGUGUGUGGACAUGGUGACAGAGGUCCGAGGGUUCACUGACCCACAGAAGGAGGAGUACUUCAGGAGGAGAUUCAGAGAUCAGGAGCAGGCCGGCACCAUCAUCUCCCACAUCAAGACCUCACGAAGCCUCCACAUCAUGUGCCACAUCCCAGUCUUCUGCUGGAUCUCUGCUACAGUUCUGGAGGAGGUGUUGAAAACCAGAGAGGGAGGAGAGCUGCCCAAGACCCUGACUGAGAUGUACAUCCACUUCCUGGUGGUUGAGGCCAAAGUGAAGAACGUCAAGUAUGAUGAAGGAGCUGAGACAGAUCCACACUGGAGUCCAGAGAGCAGGAAGAUGAUGGAGGCUCUGGGAAAACUGGCUUUUGAGCAUCUGCAGAAAGGCAACCUGAUCUUCUAUGAGUCCGACCUGACAGAGUGUGGCAUCGAUAUCAGAGCAGCCUCAGUGUACUCAGGAGUGUUCACACAGGUCUUUAGAGAGGAGAGAGGACUGUACCAGGACAAGGUGUUCUGCUUCGUCCAUCUGAGCGUUCAGGAGUUUCUGGCUGCUCUUCAUGUCCAUCUGACCUUCAUCAACUCUGGAGUCAACCUAAUGUCAGAAGAACCAUUAAUGUCUCGUCAGCCUAAAGGUUUCAAGGCCAAAUCAACACUUUUCUACCAGAGUGCUGUGAACAAGGCCUUACAGAGUCCAAACGGACACCUGGACUUGUUCCUCCGCUUCCUCCUGGGUCUUUCAAUGCAGACCAAUCAGAAACACCUCCAAGGCCUGCUGACACAGACAGGAAGUGGCUCAGAGACCAAUCACAAAACAGUCCAGUACAUCAAUGACAUGAUCAGUCAGAAUCUGUCUCCAGAGAGAAGCAUCAACCUGUUCCACUGUCUGAAUGAACUGAAUGAUCGUUCUCUAGUGGAGCAGAUCCAACAGUCCCUGAGAUCAGGAAGUCUCUCCACAGAUAGUCUCUCUCCUGCUCAGUGGUCAGCUCUGGUCUUCAUCUUACUGUCAUCAGGAGAAGAUCUGGACGUGUUUGACCUGAAGAAAUACUCUGCUUCAGAGGAGGCUCUUCUGAGGCUGCUGCCAGUGGUCAAAGCCUCCAGGAAAGCUGUGCUGAGCAGCUGUAAGCUGUCAGAGAGAAGCUGUGAAGCUCUGUCCUCAGUCCUCAGCUCCCAGUCCUCUAGUCUGAGAGAGCUGGACCUGAGUAACAACGACCUGCAGGAUUCAGGAGUGAAGAAACUGUCUGCUGGACUUGAGAGUCCACACUGUGAGCUGGAAACUCUCAGACUCUCAGGUUGUCUGGUCACAUACAAAGGCUUUGCGGCUGAGGCUGAGGCUGAGGCUGAGCUGGACCUGAGCUACAAUCAUCCAGGAGUCUCAGGAGUGAAGCUGCUGUCUGCUCUACAGGAGGAUCCACACUGGAGACUGGAGACUCUCAGGGCUGACCAUUGUGGAGAGCAGUGGUUAAAACCUGAUGUGAAGAAAUAUUCCUGUGAACUCACACUGGACACAAACACAGCAAACAGAAACCUCAAACUGUCUGACAGCAACAGGGAGGUGACACGUGUGAGAGAGGAGCAGCCAUAUCCUGAUCAUCCAGAGAGGUUUAACAUCUGGCCUCAGCUGAUGUGUAGAGAAGCUCUGACUGGUCGGUGUUACUGGGAGGUCGAGUGGAGAGGAGAGGUCUAUAUAUCAGUGACUUACAGAGGAAUCAGCAGCAGAGGAGACAGUGAUGACUGUCUCUUUGGAUGGAAUGAUCAGUCCUGGUCUCUAAAGUGCUCUAAUGGAGAGGGUUACUCUGUCAGACACAAUAAAAGUAAAACAGUCCUGCCUCUCUCCUCCUCCUCCUCCUCCCCCUCCUCCCCCUCCUCCCCCUCCUCCUCCUCCUCCUCCUCCUCCUCCUCCUCCUCUGGUAGAGUAGCAGUGUAUCUGGAUCAUCCUGCUGGCUCUCUCUCCUUCUACAGGGUCUCCUCUGACACACUGACCCACCUCCACACCUUCAGAACCACAUUCACUGAACCUCUGUAUGCUGGGUUUGGGUUCUGGUCAGAUGACUCCUCAGUGUCUCUGAGUUCUCUGUAGGAGGAGACCACUUCCAGUCCUGCUGUAAUGUCCCUGGUCUCGGGGGACAUGGACAUAACAUGAGUGUAGCAAGAGAUAUCUUCCAGUCGUGUGUUUAAAAUGUUGGUAGUGAUCCGGCUACACUUUGGUUAACAUUUGGAUCUAUGAUUGUGCCUUUACGUGGAGGAGCAGCAUGUAGUUAUAAUGCUCCGUACAUCUGAAAAAACUCCCAGUAAUCAAGUGUCUCACACUUUUUG